AUGGCACCCAAUGAUAGAAUCGGCGAGCAGGGGGCCAGUGAUGAUUCUACAGGCCCUCGGCAUCAACAGCGUCAGGAAGGUCAGGUAUUUUCAAAUGCUAAGAGCGUUGAGUUACAAAGUGCAGCCAGCCAGGACCAGCCGGCUGAAACGCCAACGACACCAGCAGAACAGCAGGAGAGUCCCGCUGAAACAGAGGAACUUAACAGGGCGUACGACCGGCCGAGCGCCCAAUUCCAGGCCGCCGGCACCGGAACCUUUCCACUUCCGGGGCUUGAGAUACUGAUUGGGACUCGUUCCGCCGAGACCCCGACGAUCCCCUCCUUCGUCUUUCCGGAGCCCAUCAUUCCCCUUCAGGGAAGCCCAGGCCCGACACCCGCCGGAGGGGGCAACACUGCGGGCGGCCUGAUCACGUCCGAGCACAUUGUCGAGAACCGUCUCUCCUCUUGGCGAUGGAACUUUCCGCGGCCGGAGCCCUUAUCGUCUGACCCUCUUCCACCCAUACGGGAUUCCAAACAAGAGGCGGGUUCCGACGAGGUCGAUGGUAUCGAUGACAAUAGCCACGGCGCCGGAGGGCUGGCAAGGGAUGAUGCCUCGCCUGAUGUAAACACGCCGGACGAGGGCUGUGAUGUCAGGGAAGAUGAUGAGGCGGCGGGGCACCUCAUCUUCGAGUCCUUGGAUCAAGGCUCGCUAAGAAGUGUCAUUUUUACUAGCGCCGCCAUUACUGUCGUUGCAGUCGGCGUUUUUCUGCUUUGGCGCCGCCAUCGCUAG